AUUAAACCUCGACGCCCCCAUGGCUUCAAUAAAAACAAAAGCCCAAAUGGCGACCACAUGACAGAUGAACUGUCACCGCUCUCGUAUCUCUUUCCUUUUCUAUUUCUUCUAUUCUUGGAAGGAGACUCAAAAUCAUUUAACACUUUCAAAUUCUCUCCCAUUUCCAGCCACUUGCAUUUAUUACAGUCACUUUAUAUUCUUUCAUUCUUUCUUUGUUUUCAUUUGUAGAUUCAUUUUUUUUGAACAAAACACAAAUGAAUUUCUCGGCUCCUCUGCUCAGCUCUGUAUCUCUUCUUCUUCUUUUUCUUCAUGUCGUUCAUUUGACGGCCAAUGCGAGUGAGUGUAAUAUGUUCAUUGGGAGAUGGAUUCAUGAUGAAUCCUAUCCGCUCUAUGAUUCGGCCGCGUGUCCCUUCAUUGAGCAUGAGUUCACUUGCACGAAGAACGGCCGGCCGGAUCUCGAUUACACCAAAUAUAGAUGGCAACCCCGUGACUGCAAUUUAACGAGAUUCAAUGGGCUAAGUUUCUUGGAAAAAUUUAGAGGAAAAAGCAUAAUGUUCGUUGGAGAUUCUUUAAGUAGAAACCAGUGGCAAUCCUUGACUUGCAUGCUUCAUUCUUCAGUACCCAAUGCUCGCUACAAUUUAUCAAGAGUUGGAGAUGUCUCCAUUUUCACUUUUACGGAUUAUAGAGUGAAAGUGAUGCUUGAUCGCAAUGUAUAUCUUGUAGAUACGGUUCAAGAAAAGAUAGGAAGAGUCUUGAAACUUGAUUCCAUUGCAGGAGGAAAGCUUUGGAAACAGAUUGAUAUGCUCAUCUUCAAUACAUGGCAUUGGUGGAGCCGUAGAGGACCAACUCAACCAUGGGAUUUUAUCCAAGUAGGAAAUGAAAUUCUUAAAGACAUGGAUCGCAUGGUUGCUUUUGAGAAGGCUUUAACAACAUGGGGACAAUGGGUUGAUGCUAACAUUGAUCCUUCCAAGUCUCAGGUCUUCUUCCAAGGAAUUUCCCCUUCUCAUUACAAUGGCACCUUGUGGAAUGAACCAAGAGCAAAGAACUGUCUGGGGCAGAAACAACCGCUGCUAGGGUCAACGUAUCCCGGCGGUCUGCCACCAGCGGUGGCGGUGCUGAAGGGGGCAUUGAGCAAGAUUAAGAAGCCUGUAACAUUACUGGAUAUAACCAAUCUGUCAUUGCUGCGGAAAGAUGGGCACCCAUCAAUCUAUGGGCUUGGUGGAAGAACGGGAAUGGAUUGUAGCCAUUGGUGCCUUGAAGGUGUUCCAGAUACUUGGAACGAAAUUCUUUACAAUCUUAUUCUUUGAACGAUAUAUAAUAUUGAUUCUAUACAUUACUUACAUUAUUAAAAAAUAAAGGAUCAAUUGCUUGAUAAUAAUACUAAUAAAGUCUUCUUUUG